UCCAUUGUCAUUGAAAGACUCGCAAGACUUGCUUCGAAAGCUUUGUCCAUCUUUGAAAAACGACGAAAACUUCUUCAAAAUAGUAAAUCUAUGCAUGGGAUUGCCUCUUGCUCUUAAAAUGGUUGCAGCAGAGAUUGCUGCCGGAAUAUUAACAAUAGAAGAUAUCGUUUAUCUGCUGAGUCAGUGUAGACUGAAACUUUUAAGCCAGGAAUACUAUCCAAACACGGAUAGAUUGGCACCAGUCUAUCUUUCCUUUCUUCGGCGACUCUCUGAACCUCUACAAGAGAAAUUAUCCAUGAUAAAUUACAUUCCGGGAACAUUUGAUGCGAGGGAAGCAUUGGAAAUAAUGGGAUGUGAAGGUUCAGAUAUUGAGGACCUGAAAACAGCAAUAAAACAUCACGUUAUUCACAAAAACAGCAACUAUCAAAGAUUUGACAUUCAUGGAAUUUUGCGAGACUGCAUAAAUGAAUACAUUCUAAUAAAGGAUUUACCCGUUGUACGUAUCAGAUUCUGUAAGGUCUUUUCGGAGAUCCUUCAAGAGUUAGAAAAGCGUACUUUUACUUCUGAGUAUCAGGCGGCCCUUUGUCAAUUGAAUGUGGAGCAACAAAACUUCACUAAGUUGUUUACAGAUGUGUUCCACUGCACCGGGGAUACCUAUGAUAACUUUGUCAAUAUUGCCUCGUUUGAGUUUAACAUGUCCACACCAGCCUUUAUGUUUAGUUCUCCUGAAACAUAUGAAAUGGGAAUGAUUUUCUACCAGGAAUGUUUGCGCCUUACACGAAAACAGAGAAAUGAAUACGAUACAUCACGAGUACUGAUAGGCUGGGGGCGUGUUGUUACAAAUAUAAAGGGAGACUAUAUUCUUGGUGAAAAGCAUUACAGAAGCGCUCUGGGUAUACGACAAUGUUUUGUUAAGAAAAGCGACUUCUCUUUGGCUUUGCUAUAUCAGGGACUGGGCUGGAAUCUAGGAUGUCAAGGAAAACUACAGGAAGCAAUAGCAUUUCUGGAAAAAGCAUUACAAACUGAGUUGGAAUUAGGGAUGAAAUUAGAAAAUCUAAUUUUGAACACCUUUCAAACACUAGCUUUAUUCCAUCUGGAUCUAGAUCAUAUGAAAAUUGGUGAGAAAUAUCAAAUGGAAGCAUUACGGCGUAGGCGGCGGGCUAUUGGGACAGAUAUACACCCAAUAAUGGGUUCCAUGAUUAACAAUGUUGGAGAAAUGUAUCGGAAGAAACCCGAUUUGAAAGAAGCAGAGACACAUUUUAGACGUGGAUUAGAUAUAAAAAUUCGAACAAAUGCUGCAGUAAAAAGUAUAGUGGAUUCCGAAAUCAAUCUAGCAAAUUUAUUGACGGAAACCGGAAGGACUGAAGAUGCCAUUGUGCUCUUACAUAGUAGUCAGAGUCGGAUAGAAAAUUUAAAAGGUAUUUAUAGAGAUGUUAAAGCACAGGUUCAUGAGGCUUUUGGCAAAGCGUAUGUCAAAGAAGGGAAUUAUACUUUUGCUUCCCACUCCUUUCGAAGUGCCAUUGAAUGCCUUGAAGACAGCGAGCCAAGUGACCUCGGUUUACUCGGUUUGCAGUGUCAGUUGGCAGAGAUUCUGAUUAGUCUGCAAAAAUACAAAGAAGCAAUCAAUUUAAUGAAAACGUCUUUGCAAGGCAAGGAAGAGGCGAUUAAACAUAAUCCAUUUACUCUGUUUGUGCUUCGUUGUUAUAAAAUCAUCAGAAAAGCUCAGAUUGCUUAUGGUCUUGUCUCUGAAGCUCAAGAAUCAGAAAAACUUGGUCAUAUUGAAUUUACACGCUUAGAAAACUUGUUUAAAGAUCUGAAAAACAAGAGAGGACUUGAAAGACUUCACGAAGAAUGGGAAUGAA